UAUAUAGCUAUUAGAAACUCACUCGGCCGUGUCGACUGCAAAUUGCCCGCAAUGGGUGCCCCAGCUCUUCUCGCGCGUAUCUCAAAGCUACUGGUACUCUCUUACGUUCUUGACUGGGUGUUUAUUAUCGCCGUGGCAUUGUUUGGCUAUGCGUUUUAUAAACAAACGCCAAACCAGCACCCCUUCUCGUUAUCGGAUCCAGGCAUUUCAUAUCCCUACACAGAGCACGAGACCGUUACAACCUCGACCCUUAUCCUCGUCUCAGUUCUUGCCCCUGCUGCCAUAGUCCUCAUUGGCGCCCUGGCAAUUGUCCCCGGAACCGCUGCUCAAGCUGACACCAAACCAUCCAAGUCUCAAACUCUGCGUCGCAAACUAUGGGAGUGGAAUGUCGGAUGGAUGGGACUGGGCGUAGCACUGGCUGGUGUAUGGAUGUCUACUCAGGGACUUAAAGUUCUGAUCGGAAAACCGCGCCCUGAUUUGCUAGCGCGUUGCAAUCCAAACCUUGACGAUAUUGCGACCUAUGCGGUUGGUGGACUUGGCGAGAAGUUAUCAGGUGCCGCUACGCUGGUUUCAUACAAAAUUUGUCAAGACCAGUCUUCCCUCGUGGCAAUUGACGGGUUUUCAAGCUUUCCGAGUGGUCAUUCAUCUUUUUCUUUCUCCGGACUCGGCUAUCUAACAUUGUGGCUGUGCGCCAAAUUCUCUGUUGGAUUUCCCUACUUUCCAUCCUAUCCCGUCAAAGGAGUUGACUAUAAAGAAGAAAACUCAGUUCGCACGCGCGGCGCGGCACCGCCUGUUCCGCUGAUGGUCAUCACUUUCGUCCCUACCGCCACUGCAUUUUUCAUCGCCGCAUCUCGGUGGUUCAACUACCGACAUCAUGGAUUCGACAUUAUAUUUGGAUCUCUCAUGGGUAUGGCUUUUGCCUGGAUCGGUUUCAACAUGUAUCAUCUCCCCAUUCGGCAAGGGGCAGGCUGGGCUUGGGGACCGCGAGCUCGUCGGAGAGCGUUCAUUCGUGGUAUUGGCUUUCCAAGCUCCCUUGGCAUCGAUAGCUGGGCGUAUAAACGCAGCGACUCCACCAAUGAACAGUCCGAGAGAGACGUCGAAAAUGGCAACUGCAACAUCAAUGGUCACGGCCACAGCGACAUCAAUGGCCAUUCCAAUGGUCAUACUAACGAAAAUGAGUCCUUGCCCAUGCAGGCAUGGCUUAUGAGAUCCCCCGUGUCCCCCUUGUCCGAAAGGCCUCAAGUG